CAAAAUUUGUCUAAAUCGACAUCCUGCUGCCUGAUUUGGGAUAAUCAAAUAACAGUUUUUGUAAUGUUAAUUUAUUAAUGAUCGUUAUAGUGAUACAAAGUAGAAAGCAAUAAGUAUUAGCCAAGCAACAUACGUAAUAAGGUAGUCGAAACAUAGGAAUUACGAAUAGUGUCAGUAAAAUAAGGUCGAAAUAAAAUUAAAAUGAAAAACGAAACAGUAGAAGAUGAAGAUGUCGAUGUAUAUCAACUCAUUCUAAAAUUAAGACAUGAAACACUACUUGUUAGGACUGAGAAACGCAAAAUUGAAGAUUUAAAUAGGAUACUUAGUGAGAAAACACAUGAAAUCAUAAGGGACUCAUGGAUUACAACGAAGCAGCGCUUACUUUUGUACCAAAGGGAAAGCACUAUUCAUAAUUACCAAAAAGUUGAUCAUUUGCUUAAAUCUGAAUUCAUUGAUGCUAAACAAAGGAUAGGAUUUCAAACAACCAUAAAAUUAGGAAAUCUAUUGCAAGUUUUGAGGUCUCAACCUGUUCAGUUAGCUAAAUGGUUAAUAGCAGGAGAACAGUUGGAUGAAGCACAGUCAUACUCAUUUUUUCUAGAGAAUAUCAUAGUAGGUUUGUAUGGCUGUCUAUUGUUUUCCGAAGACAUAAAGUACAUGCUGUCUUUGCUUUAUGAGGUUGCCAAACUGCAGUUAUUGAACUGUGAGGAUCCCAGAAGAAUCAUAAAGCAAAGAACAUGCUCCUUUAAACAUCUUUACUUUCUGUUCCACGAAGUAUUACAAUCUGCAAAAUUUUUCCUGAGCGCUGCUAUGGAGAUACCUAUAGUCCAGAUGAUGUCAUAUACAGAUUAUUAUCUAGAUCUAGAUCCAGAAAAGACAGUUAUGAGAUUUAAGCAGGAUGAUAACGAAGUUACCAAUAUUUUUAAAGAUGUAGAUGAGUAUAGAAGUGAAGUCGUAGCCAGAUUAGUGGAAUUUACCAAUACUUUCAUAUCUUCGCUUUUAGAAAAUGUUUAUAGCUUUCCGAAGUCAAUUUCUUGGUUAGUAUCUCGAAUAGCGAAGAUCAUUGAGAAGUCUUUUAGUGCCAAACAGGCGAACGCCAUAAUAACAGAACUUAUUUUCAACCUCUACAUAUGCCCAGUAAUAGUAGACCCUGAACAGUACGGCAUAUGUAACUCCCAAGUAACUGAAAUCACUAGACACAACCUCAUUCAGGUGUGUCAAAUUCUCCAAUCUCUAGCUUUACGCAAAUACGAACCUAUCGAUUCCAGAUACUCGGAUGUAUUCGAUUUGUUGGACAAAAACCGCGUAUGUAAUUUCAUUGAGCUGUUGUUUUUCGAUAUGGACUGCGAAGAUCCGCCCAUAGAUACGUCUCCGAGUCUUUCGAGAGAUAUAAUGUUGUUUACUGAAGCCGAGCUCAACAAUAUGAUCACGAUUUUGCAAAAAAUCCAGCUUAAGCAAAAGUCCAACGACAAUUUCAUCAAAGAUUUAUCUAUAGAGGAACAGUUGUCAUCGCUUAGCAUAUCUGCCGAUAAUUCACCAAAAUCGAACCGAGCAAUGAAUGAAGAAAACGUUUCAAAACUAACAAAUUUCUUUACAUUAGGCAACAACAAUUCAGGUUCAAAAAAUCAGGCUUCUUCGUUGGUUACGGACUCUCCUAGGAACCAUAGCAAUCAUAGUACUACUGUACUCGUUUUCCCCAUAGAUCAGGCUCAAAUAGAACCCAUCGGUCUUAUAUCUGAAGAGAAAAUCAUAGAAGCCAGUCUCCCUUUGAAGAAUGGCGAUGUUUUUGAUGGGACUCUUCAGAAAGACGAUGCUGCUGUCAUGCCAGAAACUCCACCCACAAAUGGAGAUUUAAAACAAUCGUUUACAUUUCACGAUGAGGGAUCCAUCGGGAAUACUUCAGAUAAUUUAGAAGCUAUAUCGGAAGCAGCUAGCAACCACUCUGUUGACAGCAGCAUUGAACUGGAGAAUGAAGAUCAAAACGACAAUCUGUCAGACAUGGUGUCCGCCAACGUAUCUGGCCGAGGCACACCGAACAUAUCAGGUCGUGAUACCCCCAGCUCACAAGUGUGCGAGAACGAUGAACGGGCCUUGGCGGAACCUCGACCGGUCGAUGUAGCCCAAACGCAACCUAACCUCAAUCUCAAUAGGCAAAUCCGUUCCGAAAUCGAUGAUAAAUUUUGCAAAUUCGAGAUCAAAAAACUUCUUGAAGAAGUGUCCAAUAUUUUGGAUUUGUCCGAAACGCAGAGUGAAAGCGCCUGGUCUACUGAUGUAAUGACAUCGGAUACUGAAAGGUUAACUGAAGUCGAUAAUGACGAUUCCAUCAGCGUCGCUCAAUCCGAUGACACGCGAUCGGAAACUGACGAUACCGCUUGUGGUAGCCGACGCCUUUCUACGUGUUCGAACUCUUUCGUUCCGAUCACAACCAAUCAGAACUACGUCUCUAGCGUUACCGUCCAGAAUAUGAGCUUCUUACCACCCGCUAACGGUCCAACUGCUGUCGUGAGCGCCAAAAACAAAUACGUGGAGUUCAGUAAGGUAGAGAUUAAAAAUGACAUAGUUAACGGAAAAAUGUAUCAGGAACAGACAGAUAAUAAUGCCAAUAGAGUAUUUAAAGCUUUAACUUUAGAACAAUCUGAAUCGUUGGCUGAAAGUAAUGAGGUGAAGACCACUAUUUACAAAGCUACAGUUGCCAAGAAUGGACUAAUUGUUAAGGAUUCCUACUUAAACAAUUUAGCUGGUCCCAGUGGUAUGGUAGAACCCGAAAAGAACCACCAUAAUCGUCCCAACGAAAUCCUCUUGAGCAACUGCAGCCUAAACUCCAGCUCUAGCGGCUCCAGCAGUCACAGCUUAGAGAACAAAAACGCCUCCGAGCAAUGGGAAAACAAGCAGUGGUUGAACAGCUCGGGCAGCAGCUUGAACGUUACUCUGACACCUUCUGAAAGUACCAGCGAGUUGUCUGUGAUGAGUAUCGGCAAGAAAGGCGUUGAAGUAUCGGAUGAUAUUUUAGCCAAAUAUCGAACAAAACCCUUCGUCGAGAAUGAGACUAUUAAAGAAAACUGUGAUUCGAAUAAAUCUCUAAAAGGAAAAAAUGUGUACAGAAGCAAUAGUGAAGAAGUUAAUAGUUUUAAUGAUAUUAAGAACAAAUUACGUUUAGUUUUAAGCAACACUUGGGAAAUUCCACAUUACCUUAAGAAUAACCCCUUUAGUAUUAAGAAUAAAAUUGAAACGAUGCUACGUCUGGAACUGGGCAAAGCGAGAAGACUGAGAGAAUGGUCCGAAGUGGCGAGAAUAUCGGAGGCAAUACGGUGCAUCAAUCUAUUAAACGACGAAAGCUGCCUUAAAUUGCUGCGUUCUAUGCGCUCUGAUAUCGUUCUUCGAGCUACCCUACAGAAACAAAUAACCAAUGACAAAUACCAGUGCGAGAGAUACUUGGCAGUGAUCUGUGUUAAAGAAUUUCUAUCAGAACAGGAAUCUGCAAUACUUGAAUUUUGCGAAGAGUUUAGGCAACUCAGUUUGGCCGAUGAAAAGUGCGACUUGCUGCAGCGAUUCUACACCAAGCUGUUUCUUAUCAUGAAGAGCAGCCCGGCUUGGAAAGGUAUUGUUCGUAACAGAGAAAAGACAUUAAAAAUUACUUUGGAAAGAUUUAUCAUGAACAAAACUUACAAGAAUUCCAUUUAUCCAAACGGGGAUGGCGAUCGAGAUCGGGACCGAGUGCUGCAUAACCAUAUUGAAAAGUUAUCCAAAAUCAUAACACCAGACCAUAAGGAUCUCGAAAUCGACAAGAUGUACCUUCGCGAAUGUCCUUGGUUACCGGCUCAAGAUGCUUUAAGGGCGUUAAAUGUAUACAAGACGCCAAGAGACAAAGUUAAAUGCAUUGUUCAUUGCUCCAAGUGUAUCAUGGAUCUGUUGGCGAUGUCUCAGAGUGGAUCGUCCACGACAGCUGAUGAUUUUAUGCCUGUUUUAGUUUUUGUGAUAAUUAAGGAAUAG